AAAAGUGGGAGGCUACUUUCUCAGGUCAGCUGGUGCAGCAGCGCCGAGAUGUGACCGAAUUUGURCGACUCCGGUCGAGGACUGCCGCUGACAGUUAACCCUCCACGAUGGGAACAGCUCGACCACCAGAGGUUUGAAUAUUGAAUGACUCCCGGUGUUUCCGGCGCAGAAAUGAAUGAAUGAAUGAACCGACAGCACGGGUUCAUCUGGGACAAUAAUUUUAGGAGAGACGCUCGAAGCAUUUUCUCCACGUUUUCCUCUGUUUUCCUGCCACUCGAGAGCAUUUAUGAUGAACUAUAAGCCCAACCAGACCAGGACGUACGACGGGGAAGGAUUCAAGAGAAGAGCAGCGUGUUUGUGUUUCAGAAKCGACACGGAGGACGAGGUUCUGUUGGUGAGCAGCAGUCGACAUCCGGACCAAUGGAUCGUUCCUGGAGGYGGGAUGGAGCCUGAUGAAGAGCCUUGUGGAGCCGCUGUUAGGGAGGUGUACGAAGAGGCUGGUGUGAAGGGAAAGCUUGGCAGACUGCUUGGGAUAUUUGAGCACAAUCAAGACAGAAAACACAGAACUUAUGUUUUUACUCUGAUUGUGACGGAGACUUUGGAAGACUGGGAGGACUCUGUUAAUAUUGGACGGAAGAGGAGAUGGUUUAAGGUUGACGAAGCCAUCAGGGUGUUGCAGAGCAACAAACCUGUCCACGCAGAGUACCUACGCAGACUCGCCGACACCCGUGGUCCCAGCUUGUGUUGCCCCGCUAAUGGUAACGCCCCGCGGUCUCGAGCGAUGGACAACAAGGCGCCGCACUACGUUGUUCGCUCCACGCCAGACUCGGACCUGUUCAACAGAUAAGGAACCCGCAGCAGAUGUUUGUUUUUCAAGAGGACGCUGGGAUGGACGUGAUCUGACAAAAAAACCUUUUCUAAACAUACAGAAUGAACUGGUGGGCGCAAAGUAAAUGUGUUUAACAGAUACAAACAUGCAUCUCUGUGCUAUAUUGGACCGGCCGUCUCCACAGUGUGUUGGUGACUUCCUGCAGGCUGGAUCUGGGAAGCUUUAGCUUCCCACACUGACUCAGAGUUAAAUAAUGUCCUUCUGCAGGAAGACAUUUUAGGAGGAUUAGCCAAGAAUGUGGGAAUAUUUUAGUAUAAUUAAGUGAUUUUUUUAACAGAGGAGAGGAUUAGCCUUGUGACACUCUUGGUUAUGUUUUUGCAAUUUCUCCCCUAAGAGAGCUGGUUUAAAGUCUGUUUUGGUAUAACAAAUAACAGUGUUAUCUGCACAUUAUCCACCUCAUUAAAAGAAAACCCUAAAUUAGUGCUGUCUAAAACAUUUAAUGUCAGAGUACACUACAGUACAGAUUACACAACAUCCUCGCAAUUAAAUAUCAGCUCUCACAAAGUUGGAUAGAACUCACAAAUAUUAUAUUUGAGUUACUCUGGGCAGCACGCUUCUGAGAAAUUACAUAAUUUUUCAAAUAUAAUCUAUCAGGGGCAUUUGAUUGCUUUAGUCUGUAUGAUAAAACCUUUUUGGGAAGCUAGUAUGUUAGUAUAUUUUAAAGUGCCUUCUUUAGUGAACACAGUCAGACAGUAAAAAAAGUGAAUGAACAAUGCAGCUUUACAAUGUUUAAAACUAUGUUCAUAGCCUUGAGUUUAUUUUAAGCAUUUUUGUUACAGUUAAUUGCAGAGUAUGGUGUUGUGUAUGAAUAAAUUUGUGAAAAUUG